CUAGAGCAGACCACUGUGGCGCUCCCAAAAGACUGUUCAUGGUCGCCAUUCCCUAGUCGUGCUUCUUGCGUUAUGUUCGCUUUCUGAAAACAGUGCUGUAUUAUUGACGACACAGUUGUGUUCUACGCUUUCUCUGGAUUUAAUAGCAGUUUUUCACCAUGGUGAGAUAAAAUAUCACCUGUCGAAUUUGACCUUGUCGACGUCGAUUCAAUAUUAUAGGUCUUAAAAAGAAUGAACGACUUCGGAAUGGACGUUGACAGCAACAGUUGGGGCUCAGAUUAUGGCGAGGACUUUGGAUCAGAUUUUUCGGAUGUCGAAUAUCAACCGAACGGUACCUCCAGCAACGCACAACACCACCAAACAAGCUCAACGCCCAUCCCCCGGGUUGCUUCCAAAACCAAAGGAGGUUCCCAAGCCCGAAAAAUGGUGAACCGCGGGAGGUGGACUAAAGACGAGGAUGAAAAACUCAAAGGAGUAGUGGAACGCACUGGUGAAGUUUGGGAAAAUGUCGCGUCCUUCUUUGAGGAUAGAUCGGACGUCCAAUGCCAACAUCGAUGGACAAAGGUUGUCAAUCCCCAGCUGGUUAAGGGUCCUUGGACCAAGGAGGAGGAUGACUUGGUGGUCCAACUGGUACAUCGCUAUGGUCCUAAGAAAUGGACGCAGAUUGCCAAGCAUCUGAACGGUCGCAUCGGCAAACAAUGUCGAGAACGAUGGCACAACCACCUCGAUCCCAACAUCAACAAGUCACCGUGGACGGAGGAAGAGGACCGGCUGCUAGCUCAAGCCCACGAACAAUAUGGAAAUCAAUGGGCAAAAAUCGCCAAACUUCUACCUGGAAGAACGGAUAAUGCCAUCAAGAAUCACUGGAACUCUGCUAUGAAAAAACGGUACGAAACCGAUGGAUCAAGCAUCAUUGACACAGGGAAACGGAGGGGCCGGAAACGGGUUCGUCCGCCCGUAGACGACCACCCACAGCAUCCUCACCCUCUUGCCUCAACUCCGCAAUCUUGUUCCAUCGAGUACGGAUUAGAGCAUCCAUCACCCAUGUUCGAGCACCAAUUGAUGUCAAGGCCGUGUAGUCAAAACAGUCGCAUGUCGGUAGAGCUAGUGCCCAACAACUUUGAGCCAUCACCAGCAUAUAGAACCCAACAGCAUUCGCACAUGGGCAUGCAACAGGCUAAACAAAACUGCCCUGAUGUCUUCAAUGGAGGAAGCUUGUCAAACAACAUAGGUGGCAGUGUUGGUAGCCAGUCAAGAGCCCCUUCUGCUUCAUCGCCCGAAGACUUUGCAGAUAUCUUUUCCCCUCUCAAAUACGUCAACAUGGAUGAGAUGAGUAACCCGGAGAGUUUGAGCCCCAAUCGACUGAACCAAGCUUUGAUCAGUGAAACGUUGUCCGAGUUUUCACAUUUUGAAUUCGGUUCUGCCAGUAUGCCAGCACAGCCUGCUGUCAGCCACACAACCGACACUAACGAUCCGAGUGAGAUGAUAGACAUCUAUGAGACAAACAAACCAGGAAAUACUUCAAAGUACAGUAAAAACGGGUCUUCAGACAACAACACAUCGACGAUCAGCAUAAAACAGGGCACCCCGCCCAUACUGAGACGUGGCAGCCGUCGAAGAACAAGAGCCGAUUCCAGCGGAUACGACGGAACUUCUGAAUGGAUUGGUACUUCUAAUGAGGAGGCCGUUCCGUCAGAUCUAGAUCUGCGCUCAGAAUGCGCAAGCCUAAGCAAGCCGUUCCAGGAAAUGCAUGUCACUCCACGAAAGAAUGCCCAUACCCCGAUGAAAACGCUACCGUUUAGCCCUUCCCAGUUUCUGAGUAAUUCGAUGUUAGCGCAUACGGAAGCUAUCAUGUCGACACCAGUUUGCCCCUCAGCUCCCAAACCGUCUGCACUUUUGACUCCAGUGACACGUGGAGGAUGCGUUGCAGAUUAUGUUGCAUUACGAACUCCUUCGCGGAGGAAUCAAGAACUCAUCACUCGUACUCCAACUCCUUUCAAAGAUGCUUUGGCAGAAAUGGAGAAAAAGGGUGGACCUAUAAAAUAUACUUUGAACACUCCUACCAGAUUUGACGACUUGAACGACAUUAUCGGCAAGGAUACUGACCCAUCCAAUUCAGCACUCCAUACGCCCGUCCAGAAUUUACAUCAAGAUAGUGGCUAUAUGACAGAUAAGAGACAAAAAACAAGUGGUGACAGCUCGGCACCCAGUAUUUCUUCCUCCUCAACUACGGAUAAAGAGAAUAUUCCAGGAACUAUACCCGCGGCCCCAGCCACAAAUAGUUUAGUACCAAAAUCCCCGAGCCGCAGAGCUCGCAAAGCCUUGCAUGCUACUUGGAGUACGCCUGGAAAUAUCCAAGUACCGGGUAUUGGUUGCGACUCCAUUAGUUUCUUACCCGAAACACCUAGUAAAUCUUUGAUCGGAGAUUCGUCGGUCUUGUUUUCUCCUCCGUCCAUAAUACGGGAAACGCUUCCAGAAACUCAAGAUGGUGACGAUGCAUUUGGACACCCACCACAUCGUCCCAAUAGCAGCAUCGAAAGCACUGGUUCUCGGAGUCCGUCAGACAAGGUGGACGUGAGAUGGGAAAUGGUGGCGUGUGGGCGUACCAGAGAUCAAGUCGAAUUGACGGAACGAGCUCGCUCCUAUUUAGUGAUGGAUCGGCGCGGAGGGCAACUUGCAUGCAAAAAGAAAUGCACAUUUUAACACAAUUUCCCGCUAGAUGGCUAGUAUUUGACACGGUUUUUUUUUUUUUUUUUAGCAUUUAAAAUUGGAUUUUUGGAAAUUUAACAUUUCCAUCGAUGUGCAUGAAAUUCCAUUGUAUUAAUUAGCGAACUCAGCCUAUUCCAAUUGGGGAAGUUUAGGGUAAUGUCUCGUGUAAAUUUCUCCGCGAAUGAUGGAGCAUAAUCCGUUGAGAGCAAAACCACUCGGCAACGAAAAUGACGGCGAUCAAUUUCGAACAUGACUUGAACAGUGACCUGUGCCGUUUAACCCCGGCAUUGUUUCUUUUUAACCUCUGGUAUAGAUUACCACUGCGAACAAAAUUUGUGAACGAUUUUUUUUAAAUGGUACAUUUCGCUAAUAAGCUUUAAGAACGUGUAAUAGCUCCUUGGAAAUUUCGAUGUUUCGUUUAUUUUAUUUUAUUUUAUUUUUUUUUUUUUGCUGAAUCCCCCCUCCCUGGUAUUAUUAUUUUUACAUUGAACGUCAGAUAUUAAUCGAUAUAUACCAAUGCUUGAUUCCGUAGCUUAAAUAACUAUAUAAUCACAAAAUUUUCACAGGAAAAAAAAAUCGGCUUUGGUGGAAGAAAAACAAAAAUCUGUGUCGAACUGAAAUGAAAUGUGUCGUAUUUAUCGUUUAUUUUUACCAUGUGUUUCCUGUGUAAUUUGCUCAUUGUCACGACAUUUACUCUCAAAAUUAAUUUUUUUUUUGUCAGUAAAAUUCCAUGGAAAGUCCAAAAAAAUACAUUAUAUUAAAACCA